AUGUCUUCCCUUGGUCAGAAAGACCACAUGGAGGCCGACAAGUGUGAUGAGGAAGGGAACUCCAGCCCAGAACUUGGACCCAGAUGCCAUCACAAAGAACGACCGCUUAAUGGCGGACAUUACAUUGAUGGCGGGAAUGUCGCCAUUGAUAUCGAACAGGAACAAGAAAAGAAACGGAACACAGAAAGAAUCGCCACCUCCGACCUUACCAAGAUCUGGGAAUGGAACGCAACCGUGCCAGAGUGUAUUGAUGAAUGCGUCCAUGAUCUCCUUGUGGCCGUCUCCCGGCGACAGCCUGACUCGACGGCAAUCAAAGCAUGGGACGGCGAAUUGGCAUACAGUCAAUUGGAUGAUCUUUCGUCUCAACUCGCGCGCCACCUGAUCAUGCUGGGAGUUGGGCCAGAGGUCGUGGUACCACUAUGUUUUGAGAAAUCUGUCUGGACACCUGUGGCAAUGCUGGCGGUGAUGAGAGCCGGAGGAGCAUGCUUGACCCUCGAUUUGUCCCUGCCCGAGGAACGGUUGAGAAGUAUUGUCAGCCAAGUCCGGCCAAAAGUCUUCCUCUCGUCUCUUGAUGGGAGACUGGUGGCAUUGAAUCUUGCACAAGAUGGCGAAGGUCACGGCAAUGCCGUUGUCAUGACUGUCUCGGAGGGUGACAUUGGCAGGUUGACAACAAGUCCGACUAACCCUUCCACAAUAUCAACGUCCGUAACACCACUCAAUGCGCUAUAUCUUGUCUUCACGUCUGGCAGUACAGGGAUCCCUAAAGGGGUAGUGAUCACGCACAGUAACUUCGCCAGUGCCUUGCACCAUCAGAAAUCUUCAAUCAAUCUCAACGUCUCGUCACGAGUGCUCGAUUUUGCGUCAUACUCCUUCGACAUGUCCUGGUACAACAUCCUCCAUACCUUGUACGCAGGUGCAUGUCUGAUCAUACCAAACGAAAGUGAGCGCAAGUCGGGCCUGUCCUCCGUCAUCAGGAAUAUGAGACCAGACUUUGCAAAUCUCACGCCCACGGUCGCGAGUACGCUUGAUGACGAAGCGUUAAAGAUCUUGACAGCUAUGGAAGUCGCGGGUGAGCCGUGUAACGACCAGCUUCUGGAGCGGCAGCAGAGGCUCAAGCCUGGACAGCAGUUUAGGAACGUGUACGGCCCAUCUGAGUGCACAGCUGUGGCAACCGUGUCAGCCAAUGUGCAGCACACUACACAUAUCGGCACUGGGGUAGGAUCACGAACAUGGGUAGUUAGAGCAGACGAUCCUAGCCAGCUUGUACCUAUCGGCAGUGUAGGAGAGCUGUGGAUUGAAGGGCCACUUGUCGGCAGGGGAUAUUGGAACAAUGAGGAACAGACUGCCGGCGCAUUUGUACAAGAUCCCCCUUGGCUGCUCUCCGGUGCUCCGGGAUUUCGUGGACGAAAAGGAAGGCUCUAUCGCACUGGUGAUCUGGUGCGGUACGAGCAGGACGGAACUCUGACAUACCAAGGCCGCAAGGAUGAGCAAGUCAAGAUUCGAGGACAAAGGCUGGAGCUGGGAGAUGUGGAGCACCACGUCCAAAAGUUGUUGGGCCAAUCACACCAAGGGAAAGUCCUACACGUUGUAGCGGCUGUGAUUAUCCCAAAGAACCACCGUGCGCCCUUACUGGUGGCAUUCAUUGGUCAGUCAGGAGCCAGAACGAUGGACAAAGACCAGCUCAGAACCGAAGUCAAGCGGGUGACAAGCAACGCGGAUGAAAUGUUAGCAGAAGUGAUGCCAUCAUACAUGGUACCCACGGCGUAUAUCCCACUCUCAUCAUUACCCCUGACGGUAAGUGGGAAGACAGACAGGAGGAGAAUCGCCGAAUUGGGUUCAUCUUUGACCAUACACGAUAUCGUUGAUUCGGGCAUAUCUUCAGACAAUCGACGGAUGCCAUUGACAGCAUCGGAAAAACGGUUGCAAAAACUUUGGUCGACAGUUCUGGGCGUGGACGAAACCAGGAUCUCGGCAGAUGAUAGUUUCUUGCGCCUCGGUGGUGAUUCGAUCUCAGCUAUGAAGUUAGUCACCUGCGCCAGGCAACAAGGCGUGUUGAUCGCUGUCGCUCAUGUCCUCAAGCACCCCCGACUUAGUGAUAUGGCAAGCGUCCUCGCAGACUCUCCAGAGGGGAUCAAUCAUCAUAUCCCAUCUCCUUUCAGUAUGAUCCGAAGUCCUGAGACUACACGCCGAGAAGCCGCAUCUCGAUGCGGCGUGCGAAUCGAGUCGAUCCGGGACAUUUUCCCUUGCACGCCGCUCCAAGAGGGUCUGAUGGCCAUGACCUCACGACGGGAAGGACAGUACGUCGCGAAACUUGUCUUCAGCCUUGCGUCUCGAGUUGACGUUCCUCGCUUUCAGAAUGCUUGGGACGAAAUGGUAGCAGAAACCCAGAUCCUGCAAACGCGAAUUGUUGAUGUCCCAGAAGAUGGCCUCCUGCAGGUAGUAGUUGACACACCACAGGCGUGGGGUUAUGGGACAGACCUCGAUUCGUACCUGAAAGGAGAGGAUAAGCACCCCAUGGGCCUGGGGCUCGCAUUAAACAAGCCAGGUCUGGUAUCAGAUUCCAAAAGGAAUGAGCUGUGGUUUGUUCUGACCAUCCAUCAUUCCUUAUACGAUGGCAUGUCGUUGCCAUUACUGCUGCAGAGUGUGCAGCAGCGAUACGAGGGCUGCGAAGAUCACAAGUUAAUGCCACUGCAGAGUUUUGUCAAGCAUCUGCGCUCUCAAGAUAGGCCCUCCCUGGACGAGUUCUGGCGAUCACAGCUCACCGACUCAAGAGCCGUCCCAUUCCCGGAACUGCCGUCCCCAGGCUACGUUCCUCAGGCGAAAGCCAUGGUUGAGAAGCAGGUAACCGAUCUCCCAUGGCCGAAAGACGACUAUACUCCAUCUACCUUGCUUAAGGCUGCAUGGGCCCUGCUCCAGGCACGAUAUACCGACACACCUGAAGCAGUCUUUGGCACAGUUAGCACUGGUCGGCAAGCAGCUAUGGUCGGGGUAGACCGCGUUGCAGGACCGACUAUUGCCACCGUUCCCUUACGAAUAGUGUGUGCGGGCGAUAAAAGCGUGAAGCAACUGCUACAAGAGAUUCAAGCGCAAGCCGUUGAUAUGAUUGCUUAUGAACAGGCCGGGUUGCAUUUGAUCCGACGGCUGAGCGAGGACGCUGAGCGGGGGUGUCGAUUUCAGUCUCUGCUUGUCGUCCAGCCAGAGGAGCAAGGCCUGGUGGCCAACAGUAAAGAGGGACUCUGGGCCGCGGAUACGAAUCGUCGAGCACGUACAGGCACGACAGAAUACGCGUCGUUCAACACAUAUGCUAUCAUGAUUCUGUGCAACCUGUCAAAAGCCAAUGUGCAGGUUGAAAUGAGCUACGAUGCGAGCGUUGUCCACCCAGCACAGGCAGAAAGAAUCUUGGAUCAGUUCGAGCACAUUCUUCGGCAAAUGGCAAAUCCAACUCGCGCCGACUAUCUCCUGAGAGAAAUCAAUGCCAUGAACCAGUCGGACCUGAACAAAAUCUGGACGUGGAACCAUCAAACUCCGGCUUCUGUUGACUCAUGCCUCCACGAGAUGGUCAUGUAUAGUAUCGAGCGAUUCCCUGACUCCGUUGCCGUCUGUGCCUGGGAUGGAGAGUUCACGUAUGCCCAAAUCGACCGUUUGUCGUCUAAUCUCGCCCAUCAGUUGACCGAGCGCGGGGUUGAAGCAGAAGUCAUUGUUCCAAUUUGCAUGGAGAAGUCCAAGUGGACGGUGGUUGCCAUUUUGGGAGUACUGCGCGCAGGGGUGGCUUUCACUCUGAUGACGCCAACCAUGCCCAAGGGCAGACGGGAGUCUGUCCUCGAGCUGACCGAUCCUCGUUUCGUGUUAGGUACCACGAAAACCUCUGGUUUAUUCCCGGCUCAUGAGAUGAUCCACGUCGAUGACAGCCUGUGGAACGACACAGAGACAAAUGUCCCGGCUUCCAAGAACCACAAGGCCUUCGCCAUGGCCACUCCAUCAUCCACAGCAGCAGUAUAUUUUACGUCUGGAUCCACUGGUGUCCCCAAGGGGAUCUCUCUCUCCCACCGUGCUGUCGUAACAUCUGUCCACGCCGCGGCAACCAGAGUCGAGGCCGGUCCAUCGACCCGUCUCUUUCAAUUUGGUUCCUACCUUUUCGACCAUAGUUUGUGGGACCAUUUUAUGGCCUUGAACUACGGUGGCUGUCUGUGCAUUCCGUCUGAAUAUGAGCGGGAUAAUGAGACCAGCCAAGCCAUCGUGCGAUUUCGAGCCAACAUGGUCCAUUUGACGCCCUCAGUCGCGAAUAUGAUUUCGGUCGAGACAGUCAUUGCGACUCUCGAAACCCUAAUCUUCUCUGGAGAAGCGCUACGUGAAACGGAUGUUCUGAGGUGGAAAAACAGGAAAGUCAAGCUAUGGAACUGGUACGGGCCAACCGAGUGCCCCGCCGGCACCUUGAUAGAAGUGGUGCCUGGUAAGUGGAAAAAUGGCAUGAUCGGGCGCGGCAUGGCAAGUACUCCUUGGAUCGUCGAAAUUGAAUCACCGGAUAAGCUAGCACCGGUGGGUGCGGUAGGAGAGCUGGUUCUCGAAGGCCCAGCGGUCGCUAAGGGGUACUUGAAGAACCCGCAAGGAACGCAGGCCUCGUUCAUUCAGGAUCCGCCGUGGCUGCUUCGAGGCGACUCUGGCUCUGGCCGGCGUGAGCGAUUGUACAAAACCGGAGAUCUUGUCCGCUAUAAUCCAGACGGGAUAGUCAUCUACUUGGGACGAAAGGAUGCCCAGGUGAAGAUCCGUGGCCAAAGAGUCGAGUUGCCUGAGAUUGAACACCAUCUACGACAAGUUUUGCCGGAUGGACAUGGGACUGAGGUCGUAGCAGAGACCAUAGUGCCUCGUGGUGGCAAUACCCUGACACUUGUGGCUUACAUUUGCACCGCUGAAGGCAAGGAACAAUCCGAGAAGACGGCAGUGAGGCUUUACGACGAGGGCCCGGACAAAUUGGCGAACAUUCUACCAUCAUAUAUGAUUCCAUCUUUAUAUAUUCCCGUCGACAAGAUCCCGAUGUCAGCAUCAGGCAAGACUGACCGCAGGCGACUACGAGAGAUUGGGUCUGCGCUUUCGUUGGAGGACCUGGCUUCGCUCCUUCCUCAGCGUGAUCAGAAGAGCCGGACUCCAGAGACGGUGUGGGAGAGGAGAGUUCAAAUGCUCUGGUCAUCAAUACUGCGAAUCCCUACCGAGAGUAUCAGUGCCGAGGACAGCUUCCUCUCGAUCGGCGGAGAUUCGAUCGCCGCAAUGCGGGUGGUGGGCGCGGCGCGAGAUCAAGGACUGAGCAUCUCGGUCACUGACUUGUUCCGUCACCCCAAGUUAAGUGAUCUGGCCGAGUAUCUGCAUGGAGCGGCCGACACUGCUGCCGCUCUCGAUGACACUGGGACGGUGGUGCCUUUUAGUCUUCUCAGAAAGAAAAGCAAGAAGGACGCCCGCAGUGAGGCCUCAAAGCUCUGCCAAAUCGAAGUCUCGCAGGUACAAGACGUUUUUGCCUGUACGCCCCUUCAAGCUGGUUUACUUGCACUGACAGCUCAACGUGAAAAGGCUUAUGUAGCGAGGUAUGUGCUUCAACUGCGAUCCAGUAUUGAGCUCGACCGUUUCCAGGCCGCUUGGGAAAGGGUAGUGGCGGUGGCACCAAUUCUCCGGACUCGAAUUGUUGACAUGGCAAUUGAAGGCUUGGUUCAAGUCGUUGUUGACGAGAAGAUCUCGUGGAAAGCGGCCACAGAUGUAGAGAAUUAUCUCACUGCAGAUGCCAGCAAAGCCAUGGGACUGGGCUCACCUCUUGUGCGCUUCGCCAUUGUUCGGAGGGAACAGGUCUACACCUUCGUAUUAACCUUGCAUCACGCGACCUUCGACGGGUGGUCUUUGUCGUUGUUAUUCUCGAUGGUGGAACAGGCAUAUCGAGCCCUACAGCCGCUGCAGCUACCACCCUCGUUUCAAGCCUUUGUCAGCUACGUCCUGAAGAAUGACAGAAGCCAUGCUGAACUGCUGUGGAAGGAACAGCUUGAUGGCAUCGAAGCACAGCCAUUCCCAGCUCUGCCCACGUCGACAUAUAGGCCGAACGCGCAGUGUGAAGUUACCCACCGCUUCACCGGCGUCCAGUGGCCAACCAGACGCAAUUUGACGAUGUCUACGGUCGUGCGUGCGGCCCUAGCUCUUCUGAUUGCGACAUACACGGAUUCUCCAGACGUGCUCUUCGGGGCAACCGUCACGGGCCGGCAGGCUCCAGUACCAGGGGUGGAGCGUAUGACUGGCCCAACUCUUACGACAGUGCCAAUAAGGGUAGUCAUGGAUCUCGGCGCCCAAAAUGUCGACCAGUUUCUACUGCAGGUCCAGCAGCAGGCAGUCAAUCUUGUGGCGAUUGAGCACGUUGGCUUGCAGGCCAUUCGACAAGUUAGUUCCUCUGCAGAUCGGGCUUGUCAUUUCCAGACACUCCUCAUGGUCCAGCCCAUGGUUGGGGACGGCUCAAAAGAGACGACUGAGACGUUGUUUGACGACCUAUACGAGGACACGGGCGCUCUUUCAGCAUUCAAUUCGUACGCCAUGUUGUUGUAUUGUGACUUAGAGAGAGAAGGCUUGACCUUGAAGCUUAGUUUCGAUGACGCCGUCGUAUCUAAGCCUGAGGUGGAGAGAAUCGCAGAACAGUUGGAGCACCUGGUACGACAGCUGUGCUCACCCGUCAAUGCCAGCAAGAAGCUUACAGCUAUUGACACAACGAGUCAUAAGAAUCUGGAAGACAUCUGGGCGUGGAAUACGCCUAUCCCAGCAUCAUCAACUACGGCAAAUUCCGUUCAUGAGCUAAUCAGUCACGUUGCUCGACAACAGCCUAAUCGGCCCGCAUUGAGCGGCUGGGAUGGCGAGCUGACUUAUGGCGAGCUGGAGAUACUGUCGUCAAAUCUUGCUCACCAGUUAGUCGGCACUUACAAUGUCGGCCCUGAGGUGGUAGUACCAGUGUGCUUCGAGAAGAGUAUCUGGACGGCGGUUGCUGUACUAGGCGUGAUGAAAGCCGGGGGAGCAUCCGUCACUCUCGAUGUUGGCCAACCUGAAGAGCGUUUGCGAACGAUAGUCACGCAAGUCAGCCCGCCCGUGAUAAUUGCGUCUUCUGACGCGAUGGGGCUGGCGGUCCGUCUGAGCGGACACCGUGAUCAAGUCGUUCUCGCCGAUGGAGCGAACCUUGCAGAAAUGAAGCAAAAUCAGUCCUCAGCACUGCCUCAGGGACCUUCGUCGAGUGCUCUCUACGUCGUCUUCACAAGUGGUAGCACCGGAGCUCCGAAAGGCGUUAUAAUCACGCACGCGAAUUUCCUUAAUGCGAUCGAGUUUCAGCGACCGUGGCUUGGUAUUACGAGCAUAUCCCGCGUCCUAGACUUCACCUCGUACGCUUUUGAUGUCUUCUGGCAAAACAUCCUCAUGGCUCUGACCGCUGGAGCCUGCUUUUGUACUCCUUCCUCGACACAGCGCAUGGACGAGCUGAGUGACUUUAUCAUCCGCCACGAAGUCAACCAUGCAGCCGUCACCCCUUCCAUCGCUCGCGCCAUCGACUUCUCUAGUGUUGGCGUCUUAAAUACGACCGGAGAAAAGUUAACUCGCUCAGAUAUUCAGAGCCUCAAGGGAAAACCGGUCAAACUUCUAAAUACAUAUGGCCCGGCGGAAUGCACAGUCACUGCAACUGGGGCGAAGAUAUCCGCUUCUGGUUCUGGUCAGCCGUCGAUUGGAAGAGGCCUGGGAGUGGUGCCGUGGAUUGUCAGCACUAACUGGCCUGAUCGCCUCGCCCCAAUCGGGGCGAUUGGGGAGUUGUACUUGGAAGGCCCACUGGUUGCCAGGGGCUAUCUAAAUGAUGCUGCAAAGACGGCUGCUGCAUUCCUAGAUGACCCUCUCUGGCUUGUAAGCGGACCUUCUGGGCGACGAGGCAGAGUGUACAAGACCGGUGAUUUGGUACGAUACGCCAGUGAUGGAAGUCUAACUUUCAUCGGAAGAAACGAUGGCCAGAUCAAGAUCCGUGGGCAGAGGGUCGAGCUGAGUGAGAUCGAGCAUCAUGUUCAGUCUGUGCUGAGUGAAGAAGGAGCUCACAACGCUAAAGUAAUUACCGACAUUCUCAUCCCAGCAGGCAGCAAUCGGCAGAUUCUAAUGGCGUUCAUCAUGCUAGCCGGAUUGUUUUCAGCGGAACAGGAUCGAGAGGACGAAAUCAAACGCUUAAGUUCGGAUCUGAACGAGCGUUUAGCCGAUCGAAUUCCAUCGUACAUGAUCCCCACAAAAUAUGUUCCCUUGGAAUCCAUUCCCAUGACGGCAACAGGCAAGACAGAUCGACGACGCCUGCGCGAACUGGUUUCGUCCAUCGAUCUUGGAGAUGUUUUCACUGACCAGCAAAAACACGAGAAUGUCAACCCUUCGAACAACGUGGAGCGGGAGUUGCGUGAAAUAUGGGCUGAGGUCCUCAAUAUUCCACCUGAAUCUCUUUCUACAGAUGUGGCGUUCACUCAGCUGGGAGGAGACUCCAUUUCCGCUAUGCAAGUCGUAUCCCGCUCUCGAGCACGUAAGAUUCUUGUCACCGUGGCUGACGUCCUCCGCGCUCAGACAAUCCAGCGAGUGGCUGGGCGUGUACGUGUCGGAGAGUGUCUUCCCACUGCUCAAAUGGAAACAGAAGAGGAGGCGCGGGCGGCUGAUGAACGUGGAUGGCCUCUGUCGCCCAUUCAGCGGAUCUAUUUGGAUGCUCACCCCCAUGGGCCAUAUCAAUUCAAUCAGAGCUUCGUCUUCAAACUACAGCGCCUGGUGUCAACCCACGCCCUCCGUGAGGCCACCAAAGCGGUUGUGGAGAGACACUCGAUGCUCCGCGCAUGUUUCCGUCGCGCUGGCGACGGUACCUGGGUCCAAUUUGUGCCUCAAAGCACGGUCCCAGAUUCCAUCUUUGUUGAACACCAAGUAAGUGAAAUGGGGGCCGCCCUGCUUCUGAUGCAGAAUCGGCAAAGAUCUCUUGAUAUUGAAACCGGCCCAUUGUUCGCUGUCGACGUGUUUGCGAUCGAAGGUGGCGACCGACAGCAGGUCAUUUUGCUUAGUGCAUCUCAUCUUGUUAUCGAUUUGGUGUCAUGGCGAGUGAUCUGGCACGACCUGCAGCAGGCUUUGAGCAAUGAACCGUUGAUGGUACCGCCAAUACCUUUCCGCAUUUGGUGCCAUGACCAAAGACGAACCGGCAAGGCUCUCCGGCCGUCGCAAGUUCUUCCUUUUACGCCCGAACGGCCGAGAUUUGAAUAUUGGGGGAUCGAGACUGGAGCGAACCAAUUCAGACGCUAUGACAUCUUCAAGCAGUAUCUCACGGCGGAAACCACUUCUGUCUUGCUUGGUAAGGCCAACGACAGUCUUGGGAGCUCGCCACUAGACAUCUUGGUGGCGACACUGAUCCGGAGCUUCACCGCAACUUUCCGUGAUCGUAAGCCUCCACCGGUCUUCCUCGAAGGACAUGGCCGUGAGGCGCCGGAAGGCUGGAAAUAUGACAUCUCGGAGACGGUCGGAUGGUUCACAACCAUACACCCGCUUCAAAUAUGCGUGAAACGUGCACAAAGCCUGUACAACACUAUUCGAGAGGUCAAAGACCUCCGAAAACUACUGCCGGACCUUGGAAGGUCAUAUCUUGCUUCUCAAUAUUACGGCGACGUCACUGCGGGCGAAUCUUCUAGUCCCGGCGGAGAGAUGGAGCUAACUUUCGACUAUCAGGGCCAAUUCCAACAAUUGGAGAGUAAAGACUCACUCUUCCUCGCCCUCGAUGAGAUCCAGGUCCAACUUGAAGAGAUAGCGCCAGACCACCAGAUGAUGAGUCUGAUCGACGUUAGGACUGUUGUUGUUCGGGGCCAGAUGGAGGUUCUGUUCUGCGUCAACCAAAGCCUGCGACAACAAGACAAGAUCCGGGAAUGGGCGCACCUUUAUAUCAACCAGAUUGAAGAGGCUAUUCGGACACUGGUGACUGCACCGCAGAAGUUCUCACGGGCUGACUUUCCACUUCUGCGCCAAAUGUCGUAUGAAGGGCUGGAUCACCUACUAGAGCAGCAGUUGCCUGAAAUUGGUAUCUUGCCAGCUCAGGUCCAGGAUGCAUAUCCUUGCACACCUCUCCAGGAGGGGAUCUUGCUAAGUCGAAAGACUGGUGCUGCGACGUACGCAAACCAUUGGAUCUGGCUCUGUGAAGGUCCUCGCGCCAUCUCAAGUGAAAGACUAAUAAAUGCCUGGCAAGCUACAUUCAUGCGGCAUUCAGUUUUCUCAACCAUCUUCGUCGACCACCCCGAGACUGGAGGGUUCAUUCAGAUCGUGCGCCGAGAUGCAAAGCAUGCCAUUGGGCAACUUGACUCAGGGUCCACAUCUCCUGCACACGCUCUACGCUCCUUCAACUGCCCACCAUUCGGGGCAGGACAGCCAGAAGUCCGAGUUACGGUCGCUCAAGCCAAUCAUGGCGGUGAAUUGGCCUGUAGACUGGACAUCAGUCAUGCUUUGACCGACGCCGCUUCCCUGAACGCCAUCAUCGAGUGCGUCAAAAGAGCAUAUCGCGGCUUGGAGUUGGCAGCUGCACCACAACUUCGCGAUGCAAUUGAAUACCUCAAUCGUACGCCACAUUCGGAGAGACUGGCGUACUGGAGUCAGGUCCUUAAAGGGUUACGCACUUGUCGCUUUCCCACCGAAGAAGAUCUCUGCGCCAAUGAGGGGCCUGGGUACCAAACAUUGCCUGUCCAUGUCGCAGGCAACAGUCGAAUCUACGACUUCUGUCGUGAGUAUCGCAUUACGCGUGCGACAUUCCUGCAGGUCGUGUGGGCUUUGGUGCUGAGUCGGUUUGUUAAUGUUGACGUUGAUGAGAAACGGAGUGAGAAAGAGAAAUGCGGAGAUGUCUGCUUUGGGUUUCUUGCUUCCGGCCGAGACAUGCCGAUUGACGGAAUCGACCGUUUGAUUGGCCCGACCAUCAACAUGCUGGUCAGUCGGGUGUCGUUGGGGACUGCUAGUUCUCACGACUUGAGGACUGUUCUCAAAGCCACAGGUGAGCAAACCAUUGAACAUUUGGCUCACCAACACGUUUCACUUGCCGAGGUCCAACGUGCCGUGGGAUCCGGACCCCUAUUCAACUCAGCCAUCACGGUACGUGAGGCAGAUACGCAUUAUGAUGACGUCGAGGAUCACCAAGGAGAAAACCAUCUACGAAUGACCGAUUUUUACGUCGAAGAUGCCCAAGAAUUCGACAUUGGCCUUGGUGCGGGAUUGGAUGGCGCAGAAACGUCUCUCAUGGUCGGCUGGAGGGCAGAUCAAAUCAGCUCGAGCACGGGCAAAGCGGUAGUCGAGACCGUACAAUCCGCCAUCGAGUAUCUCCUGAAUUACACUGGUAAUCCGGUAUCGGUAGGGGCAGAAAAAGAGGCGGAAAGCUUACAAGCGUGCUUCUUCCGCCACCUUGUUGGAGCGGAUGAAGAGGCUGUCAACACGUUUUGGCGUACACAAUUUGCUGGCCUGGAAGCUACGCCCUUCCCGGUGUUGCCUUCGGCUACUUAUCGGCCAAGGCGAGAAGCUACUGCGGAUAUCAUAAUUACCUCUCAGCAAGGGUCCGAUGUAAACUUGACGACGGAGCCAGCAAUUCGUGCCGCCUGGGCAUUUUUACAAGCACGUCACACCGCCACGGACGAUGUCAUAUUCGGACUUGCAUUGGGUGGUGGGGCGCUAGAAACAGACACCGCUCUAGUGGUGCCGGCCAGAUUUGUGAUGGAUGGUGAGAUGACCAUCGCAUCGCUCGAGAGUCGCGAUCAGGAGCAGAUGGAAGCGCUGGGCCGGUACAAACGCACUGGGUUGCUACACAUUCGACGGACUAGCGAAGAGGCAAGGCGAGCUUGUCAGUUUCAGGCUGUGCUGGUUGUACAACGUGCCACAGCGACCACGGCAAACACAGCCAACAGAGCCGAGGAGAUGCCUAAUUUCCCUCUAUCGGCUGAGAAUAACGGAUUGGAGCAUUCCUCGAAAGAAAGUCUCGCUGACUACGCCCUCGUAAUCGGCGUGGAAUCCACUGCAAAAUCGGUAAGAGUGACUGCCGACUAUGAUUCCUCCAUCCUGCGCACAGAGCGUGUACAAAGGAUGCUAGAGCAGUACGAGAAUAUCCUUCGCCAGAUCGUAGCACCUGGCAGGUCACACAUUGCACUUGAGAGAAUUGAAGCUGCAAGCAAAAGCGAUCUGGCUGACAUCUGGCGCUGGAACCGCGACCUUCCUCUGCCGUCUCAAACAACGGUGCACGAAAUGUUCUCAAAGGUUGCACAACAAAAGCCCAGCGCACAGGCCGUGUGUGCGUGGAAUGGGAACUUGACAUUUCAGCAGUUAGAUGAGCCCUCCACCCGCCUCGCCCAUCAGCUUGUACGACUUUGGGUUGACGGCGGUAACAACGGCAAAGGGCUGAGCCAUCAUGUCGGACUCUGCUUUGAAAAGUCGUUGUGGAUGCCAGUCGCCUUGCUCGGCGUCAUGAAGGCUGGGCUUACUGCGGUUCCGAUGGACGUCUCUCAACCGGAGGAGAGAUUGCGCGCAGUCGUUCGACAGGUUGACGCCCAGGUCAUUAUUUGCUCAACCAAAAACUCGGAGCUGUCAACGAGACUGCGUCACAAAAAGCACACUGCAAUUGUUGCCAUAGACGAAGCCUCCAUCAGCAGUAUACCCGCCAAGUCGGUGGAUGCAAGGCUGCCAUCAGUAGACCCUGCCACAGCAGUGGUCAUUGUGUUCACAUCCGGCAGUACCGGCGAGCCAAAGGGAAUAACCAUUUCUCACUCCAAUCUUGCCACUGCCCUCGACUUGCAUCGACAGCACAUUGGGUUUACGCCCUCGUCCCGUGCUCUUGAUUUCGCCUCAUAUGCCUUUGAUGUAUCGUGGUAUGUCGCCUUUGGUGCCAUGUGUGCGGGCGGCUGCGUCUGCGUUCCAUCCGAUUAUGAGCGCAAGAACGACCUGGCUGGCGCCAUCCUACGCAUGCGAGUUACGUAUGCGGCACUCACCCCUACCGUCGUCAAGACCCUCGAUCAUUCCGUGGUCAAGACGCUCGAAAUUCUCUUGCUCGGUGGAGAAGCUGUCAGCGAGGCGCAGGCUGAGGAGCUCUCAGCCCUAACUAAUGUGAUCAUUGCAUAUGGGCCUGCCGAGUGUACAGUCGGCGUAGCAUUCGCAUGGCGGAAACGAGGAGGGAGAAAAGAUCAAGGCAUUGGAUAUGGCGUCGGUGCCUGUCUGUGGGUAGUCGAUGCCACUUCUUUUAAUCGUCUCGUGGGCGUGGGUUGUGUUGGAGAGCUACUCAUUGAGGGUCCUCUGGUAGGGGAUUAUUUGAACGAUCCUGUCAAGUCUGCUUCAGCAUUUAUCGAAGACCCUCAUUGGCUUAUUCGAGGAGGCAGACGUGGUCGCUUGUACAAAUCCGGAGAUCUAGUCCGUCUAAAUACGGAUGGCACGCUCACGUUUGUCGGACGAAAGGAUGGACAAGUGAAAAUUAGAGGUCAGCGAGUCGAGCUAGGAGAGGUGGAACAGCAGAUCUUGUCGCAGAUGCACGGUGAUAACGCAGUUGAAAGCGGCGACAAGGAAGGAGUUCAUGUUGUGGCAGACCUCAUCACCCCACACGAGAUCAACCGCACAAUUCUGGUGGCCUUUGUUACGCCUAAGGGAGCGGAGAUGAUGUCUUCAGCGAAGCUUGUCGAGAUCGUUACGCUAUUGGUCAAUGAUGUACACCCUCGCGUCGUCAGUGCGGCUCCGGUGUAUAUGGUGCCCCAGGGAUACAUCCCUCUCGCCAGACUGCCCACUGUAACCAGCGGUAAAGUCGACCGUCGACGAUUGCGAGAGAUCGGAAGGGGCCUACCACUGGCUCAAUUGAUAGAUCCAGCCACAUUGACGUCGGCACCUCGACAGCAACCCCCGUCAACUCUGGCCGAAAGACAGCUUCAGCAACUGUGGGCCUCUACUCUCGGAAUCAACAGUGAGGAAAUAUACACCGACAGCAGUUUUCUUCGGCUGGGAGGCGAUUCUGUUCUCGCUAUGAGACUCGUGGCAGCAGCGCGCAAAAGAGGCGUCACGCUUACUGUUGCGGAUAUCUUUACCCAUCCCACGCUGUUCGACCUAGCACAACUUGCUAAAGCUGGUGAAAGUAUGAACGAAGACACAAUAGAGCCGUUCUCACUACUCCGGCUUUCUGAAGAAGGGGUGAAACCUCAGCAGCGUGCGGCAUUGCUCUGUGACGUUGACGUUGCAGCGAUACAAGACGCCUAUCCAUGCACACCUCUUCAGGAAGGCUUGUUGGCCCUGACUGCUCAGAAGGGAGGAGACUAUGUGGCGAAGAAUAAGAUUCAACUCCAGCAUGGCGUUGAUAUUGAACGCUUCAAGCUGGCCUGGGAGGCGGUGACGGCGGCUACGCCCGUUCUCCGGACAAGAAUUGUGGAUAUACCGGAACAGGGCCUGGUUCAGGUCAUCGUCAACGAGACGGUCAAGUGGCGCGCAGCUGACAGUUUCAGCGAGACGAUGGGACUCGGGACGCCGCUGAGCCACGUGGGAGUCACUUCGGAGAAUGGGGAACGCUACUUCAGCUGGUCCGUCCAUCAUGCGCUGUAUGAUGGAUUCUCGAUUUCGCUGGUCUUGCAAGCUGUCCGACAAGCCUACGACGGUGCACAGCCCAGGCUCUCCCCUUUGCAACCUUUCAUCCAAUACACGAUGGCCGCACAAAAUGAUGAGGCCCAGAACUUCUGGAAAAAUCAAUUCACUGAUCUCGCCGCGCCACGAUUCCCACUUCUUCCAUCGGCACGCUAUCGCCCCCGGGCUCAGGCACUCAUCACGCACACGAUCUCGGGAUUGGGCAGGUCCCCAUCCGGCUUCACCAUGUCGACAGCAAUCCGCGCAGCGUGGGCUAUUCUCAUUUCUCGAUAUACAGGCUCUCCUGACGCCGUCUUUGGUGCAAUAGUCAACGGCCGACAAGCAGCUGUUCCCGGCAUAGAGCGCAUCCCUGGUCCCACGCUUGCGACGGUCCCAGUAAGAAUUACCAUCGACUACAGCCAACCAUUGCAGCAACUCCUCAGGCAAGUCCAGCGACAAACAAUAGAGAUGGGUCCUUUCGAGCAAACAGGUCUGCAAAACAUCCAGAAACUGAGCGCCGAAACGGAGGAGGCAUGCCAUUUUCAGUCGCUUCUCGUCGUUCAAUCCGCCCAUUCGGAAGCCACGGCAGUUGACACCAUAUUUGCCAGACCCAGUAACAUGGAUGAUCUUGGGGCUGAUAUAUUCGACGCCUUUGCAACAUAUGCCCUGACUCUGGCGUGUGAGUUUCAAGACCAGGACUUGCAUCUUAUAUUGAGCAUUGACCCCAACGUCGUGGAGGCCAGCCAAGCCAGUCGAAUGGCCGAGCAGUUGGAACAUAUUCUCCGUCAGAUUUGUGUGCCCACACACCAGAACGUCAAUAUCAGCCAAGUAAACUUGCUGAGUCCGACCGAUUCAAGGGAUAUUGCGCAUUGGAAUGCAGGUGUGCCACCAACGACGCAGCGAUGCGUACAUGAAAUGUUCGGAGACAUAGUUCAGACGCGCCCACGUAUGCAAGCUGUUGAUGCUCACGACGGCCAGCUCACUUUCUCCGAACUAGACCGACUGGCUACUCGACUGGCGAACCAGCUGAUCGAUCUCGGCGUCAAGCCUGAGACUAUCGUGCCUCUGCUGUUCGAAAAAUCCAAAUGGAUGCCUGUUGCCACGCUCGGUGUCAUGAAAGCUGGUGGCGUCUCGGUAGGACUCGACGUCAAUCAGCCAGAGGAUCGCCUUCGCAGCAUCAUAAGCCAAGUGAAUCCGUCUGUUGUGCUGUUGUCUCGACAAAAUGCCGAUUUCACGGUUAGCUUGGACCCCCAAAUCGUCAAUGUCGUCGUGGACGCAGACCAUCUCCAGGAGCUGACGGAUGACCGGCAUCGCAAGUCGACUGUCCAGCCACACAAUUCUCUAUAUGUUGUCUUCACCUCUGGCAGUACAGGUAACCCCAAGGGCGUCGUUAUUACACAUUCCAACUUCGCCAGCCUGUGUGAAUUGGAGUCUUCGAGGCUGAGUUUCGAGUCUACGACCCGUGCUCUAGACUUUGCCUCGUAUGCCUUCGACACUUUCUGGGCCCUGAACUGGGCAAUAAUGUGCGUCGGGGGAUGCGUCUGUGUACCUUCGGAGAGUCAACGACGUAACUUGGAUGAACUAUCGCAGUUCAUCCGAGAGAAGCGUGUCACUUACCUGGCCUGCACACCCACGAUGGCAAAAACAUUGGACUCGUCUUUGCUACAGAGCCUAGAGUAUGUAAAUCUAGGCGGUGAGGCCGUGACCGAAGGACUGGUCAAGCGGAUCUUAACUCUCACCCGUGUGGUGGUUGCGUAUGGACCAUCAGAAUGCACGAUCGGAGUUCUCUAUGCGCAGAAGUAUCUUGGUGAGAAGGGAUUGGGAUUUAGUGCUUCGGCGAACACAUGGGUGGUCGAUGUACUGUCCGACCAAUUGGCGGGAGUGGGGUGUCUGGGCGAACUCUGGAUUGAAGGACCUCUAGUUGGACAAGGUUAUCUAAACAACAAGGAGAAGACAGCCAGCUUUUUCGUUGAAGAUCCAGAUUGGAGUCGGCGAGAUAAGUGUGAGUUGCAGAGGGCAACGAAUGGCCCUCAGGGGACAAGGCGAAUAUACAAAACAGGCGACCUGGUAAGAUACAACGAAGAUGGCAGCUUGAUGUUUGUGGGUCGUAAAGACACGCAAGUUAAGAUUAGGGGCCAGAGAGUGGAGCUUGGUGAAGUUGAGCAUCACGUUCUUCAACAACUGGCCCACGACGAAGUGCAGGGAGAGGAGCUCGAGACAGACGCCAUACACGUUGUUGCAGAGUUGGUGAGACCUCAAGGGGCCAAGAGUACCACUCUCGUCUGCUUUGUUGCCCAAAAAGCAGCCACCAAGACUGCGGACACAGAGGAUGUGCUUCAUUCAAAGUUUCAGAGUCUCACACGAAGAGCACACGGUCGCUUGUUGACUAUAGUACCUUCGUACAUGGUACCGAGUGCGUAUGUGCCUCUGGCCAGUAUUCCGAUCACCACGACAGGCAAAGCAGACCGCAGAAGGCUGCGGCAGAUGGCCGAAAAACUUAGCAUGGACCAAUUGAUCGACCCGUCCAGAACAUCUACCGGGCCACGGAGGAUGCCUUCAACAUGGAAAGAAAAGCAGUUGAGCCGCCUGUGGUCAUCCACACUCGAUAUUGACCCAUCCACCAUUUCCCCAGAGGACAGUUUCUUCGGGCUUGGAGGUGACUCGAUCCAAGCUAUGCGGCUGGUGGCUGCCAUGCAGCGCUGCGGCCUUUUGCUAAGUGUCAUGAACAUCUUCCAGAACCCGACGCUCGAGGCCAUGGCGAAUGUUCUUAAGGUAGAAGAGGGAAACAGCGUCACUAUCGAACCCUUCUCUCUUCUCGAAGGUCCUUGUGAUGUCAAUUUGAUUCGCCAUCAAGCAGCAACGCUUUGUGACGUUCAAGAAUCAGCUGUUGAAGAUAUCUACCCUUGCACUCCAAUUCAGGAGGGCUUGUUGGCGAUUUCAGCGAGAAAGUCGGGCGACUAUUGCGCUCACCAUGUGCUUCCACUGGAACCAAAUGUGGACCCUGACAGGUUUCAACGGGCAUGGGAGAUGGUUGUGGCAGCCACACCAAUAUUGAAGACCCGGGUCGUCGACCUCCCCAACCGUGGACUGGUUCAAGUAGUCGUGCAGGAUGAAACACCUUGGCUCUCUCCCGAAGUAGUGGGGCGCAGCAUUGCCAGCAUCCUUGGGAAUCGACUUAGUGAGGUCGGUCUGCAGAACUCUGAAGGUACAACGACAUUUGUGUGGUCUAUCCACCAUGCUUUGUACGAUGCCUGGACACUCGAUCUCGUGCUGAACUCGGUCCGCCAAGCUUAUUGGAACAACUCACCAUCCAAGCUCGUGCCUUUCGCACCUUUUAUCCAGCAUACACUUGCUUUACCGACCGAAGUUGCCCAAGACUACUGGAGGAAACAGUUUGCAGAUUUGAACGCACCGCAAUUUCCAGUGUUACCAUCCGUUGAGCAUCAGCCACGUGCUGGCCAGGUUUUGGAAUUGACGAUCAGGGGCUUUGGAAGAGGGCAUCUGGGUGGUUUUACAACAUCAUCGGCCCUCCGAGCAGCAUGGGGAUUACUUCUUAUGGAACUUACCAAUGCAUCCGAAGCAGUAUUUGGUGUUGUUGUCUCGGGAAGGCAGGCUGAAGUGCGAACACUUGAUCAACUGGCUGGACCCACCAUCGCCACGGUACCAAUUCGUAUCAAAGUCGACAAGAAGCAGGAGUUCAGCGUCGAGCGACUCCUAGAACAAGUACAGAGCCAGGGCCUUGAGAUGGCUCAGUAUGAACAGACCGGCCUUCAGAAUAUUCAACGUGUGAGCCCCGAGGCAGGGGAGGCAUGUCGAUUCCAGUCGCUGCUUGUCGUUCAGCCGCCUGCACGAAAGGCGGGCUCAGAUACAGAGCCCGACGACCGAAAUAUCUUCUCACCUCACCCUACAUCUGAAAAAAGGGAAAAUGACAAAUCCGACGCACUCGGCGCGUUCAGCAAUUACGCCUUGACCGUAGUCUGCGAACAGCACACCGACGAUCUGAGACUAAUGCUUGGUAUCGACUCUAAAGUCGUCUCGAUCGAGCAGGCGAAGCGCAUGAUAACCCAAUUAGAACACUAUGUGCGACAACUUUGUGAUUCGAAGAACUUGCAAACCAAUCUCCACCGGAUCGAUUGGAUCAGUUCCAGUGAUCUGAAGGAUAUCUGGGGUUGGAAUGCGCACUGUCCUGAUCCAGUCGACAGGUGCGUGCAUGAUUUACUGGCCGACACGAUCGGUCGUCAACCCAAUGCCCCAGCUUUACAAACGCGGGAUGAGACUUUGACCUACCAUGAACUGGACGACCUCUCGACCCGAUUGGCGCAUAACCUUAUUGGACAGGGGGUGGGCCCUGAGGUGAUUGUCCCGCUCUGCUUCGAGAAAUCGAUAUGCAUGCCAAUCGCGAUGCUGGCGGUCAUGAAAGCAGGUGGAACAGUGACAGGAUUGGAUGUAACACAGCCUGAGGAGCGACUGCGGACCAUUCUCGAUCGUGUGGCUCCAGUUGUGGUCCUCUCUUCAAGAAACAGCCAUGAGCUCGCCCACCGCAUCAGACCUACGACGAUUGCGGAGAGAAGAUCCAUCCAGGUCAUAUCGAUCGACACUGAGUUCGUUCGUGCGAUGCCCGCCACCGAUCGAGAAACCCUGCCCCAAGUGCCUCCUUCCACUCCAUUGUACCUCGUCUUCACAUCCGGUACCACUGGAGAACCUAAGGGCGUGAUCGUAUCGCAUUCCAACUUUGCCAGCGAACUCGAAUGGCAGACCUUAGGGUUUGGGUUAGGGUUAGGGUUAGGGUUAGGGUUAGGGUUAGGGUUAGGGUUAGGGUUAGG